CGCUCCCCCCGGCGCCGCAGCGGCCGAGGCUUGGGUUCCGCCGGCGUAGCGGCCCGGAAGCGUGGCCUCGGUGCUGCAGAGCCGGAGGCAGUCGCGGCGGGGUCUGUGCCCAAGGAAGAGCCGGAGGUGGGGUCGGGCGCGCAUCCCCUGCUGCAGGGCCUAGGGGAAGGCCUGGCGUGCCCGGUGGGGCGCCCCGGCUAGUCUUGGAGCUCAUGUGGAGAACGCGAGAGGGCGCUACAGCAUCAGGGCGCCGUGCGGGCCAGGGUACUGAGGCGGGAGGAUUAGAUGGCAGCGGCAGAGGCAGUACACCACAUCCACCUCCAGAACUUCUCACGCUCUUUGCUGGAAACCCUCAAUGGGCAAAGGCUGGGUGGGCACUUCUGCGAUGUGACUGUGCGCAUCCGUGAGGCUUCCCUGCGUGCACAUCGCUGUGUGCUGGCUGCUGGCUCGCCCUUCUUCCAGGACAAGCUGCUGCUUGGCCACUCGGAGAUCCGCGUGCCGCCCGUGGUGCCCGCACAGACAGUGCGUCAGCUUGUCGAGUUCCUCUACAGUGGCUCCCUGGUAGUGGCGCAGGGCGAAGCGCUGCAAGUGCUCACUGCUGCAUCUGUGCUCCGCAUCCAGACCGUCAUUGAUGAGUGCACGCAGAUUAUCGCACGCACCCGUGCGCCGGGCACGCCCGCGCCCGCGCCCCUUCCCGCUCCCGUGCCUCCACCGCUGGCUCCAGCCCAGCUGCGCCACCGUCUGCGCCAUCUAUUGGCCGCCCGCCCUGCAGGGCACCCGGGCAUGGCGCACAGCCGUAAGCAGCGCCAGCCUGCGCGCCUGCAGCUGCCUGCGCCUCCAGCACCAGCCAAGUUGGAAGUAUCUGACAUCGACCCCACACUGGCCCUGCCUCUGGUCCCCGAGGACAGAGGUGAUGACGAUGAGGAAGAGACGGAUGAGAGCGAAGGCGAGGACGGCGAAGGCAGUGGUCCUGGAGAGGGCCAAGCACCACCUUCCUUUCCCGACUGUGCUGCGGGCUUCCUCACCACCACUGCAGACGGAGCGCGGGAGGAACCCCCUGUGCCCACCGGCCUCACUGACUACAGCAGUGCCGGUAGGGACUUCCUUCGAGGGGCUGUAGUGACUGAGGACGUGUUUCCAGAGAGCUAUGUAUCCGCUUGGCAUGAGGAGGACAGUGCCACUACCGAGAGCUGCCCUGUGGAGGCCCCUGUUCCGCCUGACUGCGUCCUGGCUGGAUCUCAUACUCCCAGCGUGAAGACCCCAGGGCCGCCUGUUCCUCUCUUCCCCUUUCACCUGGGUGCCCCUGGGCCACCUGCACCAGCCCCUCCCACACCACCAGGGCCAGCGCCGGGGCCUCCCCCUACCUUCUACCCCACGCUCCAGCCAGACGCUGCCCCCAACAUUCAGCUGGGGGAGGCUCCAGCUCAGCCUGCCCCUCCAACCACCGCGCCUUCAGUCACACCUGUUCGAGCCCCUGGUGGUGAGCCGCCAGCCUAUGAGUGUAGCCAUUGCCGUAAAACCUUCAGCUCCAGGAAGAACUACACUAAGCACAUGUUCAUCCACUCAGGGGAGAAGCCGCACCAGUGCGCCGUGUGCUGGCGAUCCUUCUCUCUUCGUGACUACUUACUCAAGCAUAUGGUCACACACACCGGAGUGCGUGCCUUCCAGUGCGCAGUCUGUGCCAAGCGCUUCACGCAGAAGAGCUCCCUCAAUGUGCACAUGCGCACCCACCGGCCGGAACGUGCACCCUGCCCAGCCUGUGGCAAGGUCUUCUCCCACCGCACACUGCUGGAGCGCCACCUGGCCACACACCCUGCACCCUGAUUUGGGCUUGGAUCCUGGCCACUCCAGUCUGGGAAUCCACGUACCCCUUCAUGGUGGACUAUACCUACUGCAUGACUGGUUGUCUGUCCAUUGGAGCCUGGCAGCUCCAGCAGCCACAGCUUGACUCUGUUCCUUCCAUCAUACCAGGCCCUUCUCGGAGCAUAGGCUCUCCUCCUUCCGACCCCUUUUCCUACACCUGACCUUGAGUGAGUCCAGCCCCACUGUGCCUCUCCUCUUGGAUACUAGGAGGAGGGGCAUUCGGCCUCCUCAGAACUGGAUGCCCUGAUCCCUGCAGCUGGUUCUGGACUUGUAUUUCUGGUAAUGGUUUGUGUCUGCUCUGUUCCCUGGUGGGGUGGGGUGUGGAAUGUUCCCCUACCCCCAUGUCUGGCUGGUGAUGUCCUGAGCAACUGUCUCUCUUGGGGGGUGCUUCAGAAGGCUCGUAUGUGCACCUAUCAUGCGAUGGGGCUGGCACUAGGAUUUCCCUCGCUGUAAUAAACAAGGUGAGCUGUGAGACA